AAGAAAGAAAAGGGUGUUCUAUAAAUCACAUAUUAUUUGUUAUUUAAAGCUUUUCAGUGGCUCCCCGUUUUCUGGGUCUCAGCAGUUCCUCAAAACAAGCACGAUUUUCUCUCGUUUUCCUCGCCUAUUCCUGUCCCUAUUCCAUUCGCUUCACACAUCCUUUACCCUUCAUCCUCUCUUUGCCCCUUACAUCUCUUUCUUCACACCCUUCAACUUCACCAAGAGAUUGCCUUUUUGAUUAAUUAGCUCCACUUCAAUUUUCUAAGUUUUCUGUAGGUACGAUGUCUUUUGAUUUCUUAUGCACUUUCUAUAUUGUUUUUCCUUUCUGGGUUUUCGUUAUUUCCCUCUAAUUUGUUGAUUUUACACUGUUGGAUGAAUCCCCAAUACUUGUGUUUGGACACUCAUGCAUGUUGAAUUGGGUGUAAACUCUGCAUUUUCAAUUGGGUUUUUGUUGAUUUUUCGUUUCGUGGGAUCUAUCGUUUCAUCUAUGAUUGUCUUCCGUGUUUACGAUAUUGAUAUAGUUUUCUGUUUGUCUCAUGAUUGUCUUCCACUGAUAUCGCCGUUAUCUGUUUAAUAAUCGGAAGUUAAUUGUUUCAGUAGUUAGGAUUUUUUUUUUUUGGUGUUGAGAGAUUGUGCAAAAAGAAAGGCGAAGAUGUCAAGCUUUGUAGGUGUUCUUGUUUCUGAUCCAUGGCUUCAAAGUCAAUUCACCCAAGUGGAGCUUCGCACUCUCAAAUCCAGAUAUGUUUCUGUAAGGAGUCUAUCUGGCCGGGUAACCGUGGGAGAUUUGCCUCCUGUCUUCGUGAAAUUGAAAGCUUUCAGCGAACUGUUUACUGAGGAUGAGAUUAAAGAUUUCUUGAAGGAAACAAGUAGAGACGUGGGUGAGGAAUUAGAUUUUGAGUCCUUCCUUCGGACAUAUUUAGAUUUACAAGCCAGAGCAACAGCUAAAUCAGGCGGAUCAAAAAAUCCUUCUUCAUUCCUCAAGGCUGCCACAACUACGUUUCAUCAUGCAAUUAACGAAUCUGAGAAGGCAUCUUAUGUCGGACACAUAAACAGUUUUCUGGCUGAAGAUCCAUUUCUGAAGAAUUAUCUUCCUCUAGAUCCAACUACCAAUGAUUUGUUUGACCUUGCGAAAGACGGUGUUCUUCUCUGCAAGCUUAUCAAUGUAGCUGUUCCAGGGACCAUAGACGAGCGAGCAAUUAAUACGAAAAAGGUCCUUAAUCCAUGGGAGAGGAACGAAAACCACACUCUCGGCCUUAACUCUGCAAAAGCUAUUGGCUGCACGGUGGUUAAUAUUGGCACACAAGACUUGGUUGAAGCUAGACCGCAUCUGUUACUUGGAUUGAUAUCACAAAUAAUUAAGAUUCAACUGUUGGCUGAUCUCAAUCUGAAGAAAACUCCCCAACUUGUGGAACUGGUGGAUGAUAGCAAGGAAGUGGAAGAACUCAUUGGGUUAGCACCAGAGAAGGUUUUACUCAAGUGGAUGAACUUUCAUCUGAAAAAAGCUGGCUAUGAGAAACAAGUCACAAACUUUUCAUCAGAUGUGAAGGAUGGGGAAGCAUAUGCUUAUCUGCUUAAUGCUCUUGCGCCAGAGUUCUCUGGUCCUGGGACUUUGAAUGUUAAAGAUCCUACUGAAAGAGCAAAUAUGGUUCUUGAGCAUGCAGAGAAAUUGGAUUGUAAAAGAUAUCUAACUCCCAAGGACAUUGUUGAGGGUUCACCUAAUUUGAAUCUUGCAUUUGUUGCACAAAUUUUCCAGCACAGGAAUGGGUUGUCUGCCGAUACUUCGAAAAUGUCAUUUGCAGAAAUGAUGACUGAUGAUGCCCAAACUUCUCGGGAAGAACGGUGCUUCCGGUUGUGGAUUAACAGUCUUGGCAUACCCACAUAUGUCAACAAUGUUUUUGAAGAUGUCAGAAACGGAUGGGUUCUUUUGGAAGUUCUUGACAAAGUUUCUCCUGGAUCCGUAGUCUGGAAACAAGCAACGAAGCCUCCUAUCAAGAUGCCAUUUAGAAAAGUCGAGAAUUGCAACCAAGUAAUAAAACUUGGGAAGGAGUUAAAUUUUUCUCUUGUAAACGUAGCUGGUAAUGAUAUUGUGCAGGGAAACAAGAAGCUCAUACUAGCAUUUUUAUGGCAACUGAUGAGGUUUAGCAUGCUUCAACUGUUGAGAAACCUGAGAUCCCACUCUCAAGGUAAAGAGGGCAAAGAGAUUACAGAUGCUGAUAUCCUGAACUGGGCAAACAACAAAGUGAAGAAAGCCGGUAGAACCUCCCAAAUGGAGAGCUUCAAGGAUAAGAACCUUUCAAAUGGUAUCUUCUUCCUUGAGCUUCUUAGUUCUGUGGAGCCAAGGGUGGUGAAUUGGGCUGUUGUUACAAAAGGAGAAACUGAGGAAGACAAGAAGUUGAAUGCAACAUAUAUAAUCAGUGUCGCCCGAAAGCUCGGCUGCUCCAUUUUCUUGCUUCCUGAAGAUAUUAUUGAAGUGAACCAAAAGAUGAUCCUUAUAUUGACUGCAAGCAUCAUGUACUGGAGCCUGCUGCAACAAGCAGGGGAGUCCGAGCUGUUAACCUUGAACGACGCUAACGCUCCGGAUGGAACCAACGAGUUGUCCUUGGCUGACCAGAUCUCUGCUUUGGCAAUGGAGGACUCUGCUUCAGGUCAAAAUGAGGAAGCUUCUCAGGAACAGUCUUCAGCAGUUAAAAAUGGAAAAUCUUAAUAGAGACCUACCCAGAAAAGCAAGUCAGCAUUUUUUUCUCUUGGCUUUUGAUUAAAUUAAUUUAUUUACACAGAAAAGAAAAAAUGGUUACAGUUUAGCUUAUUAUUGAACUGUUUGGUAAUGGUUUCAGGAGAGCCCAGUUUUAUAUGCUCAUAUUACCCUCCUUGAGGAAAUAGUAGGGUCCUGUAUAUUCAUUUUCAUUUUCUGGAAAUUUUGGACUAGAAAAUUUUGUUGGUUAGGCAAUAUUUUUUUUUUUGAACGAUGAUUAUAUCAUACAAUAAUAACUUGGGAAAGGGAGAAGUUUACUAUUUUAUCCCUUGGUUCUUCGAUAAUUGUAAUCAGUUGCUAUUAGGAUGGAAAAUAUAUGUGGAUACUUUGUUUAAA